AAAAUGGAAUUACAUAAAAUGAAGAAUGAGAAAUCAUUCUCCACCGAACCAUCUUUAGACGAGAUUACGGACAAUGUCGUUGGCGAGGUCGAUCAUGAUAUUAUCGGUUUUAGUCAUGGUGUAGACAAUUCCGAAGGCGGCUCGUCUUUCCUUGCUUAUUUCAAUGUCGUCUGUGUUGUAGCAGGCACAGGUGCACUUGGUUUACCUUUUGCCCUUAAACAGGGUGGCUGGAUUGGUCUAUUUAUUCUUGGAUUGAGUUGGUGCUUUUCAAUCUAUUCUGGUAUUAUCUUGAUUCGCUGUUUGUAUCACAAUGGAAGAACCCGUUUGUCAUCUUAUCAAGAAGUGGCCGAGAGCGCUUUUGGACCUAUUGGCGGCUGGGUGUCAUUCUUUUUUACCGCAGUGACUUUAAUUGGUGUUCCAGUACUGUAUAUUCUUUUGGCUGGUCAAAACUUACAUAAGGUUUGCAUAGGUACUGCUGGUGAAUUGACUUUUACAAUUUGGGUUAUUAUUUGCGCCGCUAUAGUCGCUGUUCCUUUCGUCUUAUUCAAAUCAAUGAAGGAAGUCGGCUUUCUUAGUGCUUUCGGUAUGCUUGCCACUGUUAUCGUUGUAUUUAUUGUUUUGGUAGCUGCCUUAAAGGACAAGCCUUAUGUAACCGAUGUGCAUCAUGUUUCUGUUAUUUGGGAUCAAUUCCCAAUUGCGCUUAGUUCGAUCGUAUUUAGUUUUGGUGGUAACCCUGUUUAUGCUCAUGUUGAAGCAGGCAUGAAACACCCACAAAACUGGAACAAGGUUGUGGCAGCUGGUUUAAGUACUUGUGUAGCACUUUAUUUCUUGACUGCUAUUCCUGGUUAUUAUGUUUACGGUGAUAAAACUUUGUCCCCAAUUUACGACAAUAUUCCUGAAGGUGCCGCUAAGCUUGCUUCUACCAUCAUCAUUACGAUCCAUGUUUUGAUGGCUUGCCCUAUUUUGAUGACUUCUUUUGCCCUCGAUUUAGAAAAGCUCUGUGGUAUUUCUUCCUUUAACCAUUCUCGUGUUGUGGAGACACUUUUACGUUUUACCCUCCGCCUCGUCAUGGUGGUUGUAAUUGCUGUCAUUGCCAUCUAUGUCCCCUUUUUUGGUGAUUUUAUGUCUUUAUUGGGUGCAUUCUCUAAUUGUGCGCUUAUUUUAAUCUUCCCUGUUAUGUUUUAUUUGAAACUGACAGGCUUCCGUAACAAGCACUGGGCUGAAUUAAUCCUUUGCUUCUUCGUCGUCUUGUUAGGUAUUGUUGGUUUAAUCUUUGGUACGAUUUCUGCUGUCAAAGCCUUAAAGUCUGAUUUUGAGAAUACCGCUUAAUCAUUUGUAUAUUAUUUGUUAUUAUUAGAAAUAAAAUUAUUACUCCUUAAAACAUUAAA